CUGUAAAUUUGUUUAUGUACAAUUUGAAUUUGUAGGUUAGGAUGCUUUUUCUCCAAUUUACUUGAAAUUGAAAUGAUCUAACUGUGGAAAAUGUUUGCAACAAGUACCCAGUGCAAGCACUGGAUGUUUACCAGCGAAGACGAACUUAACAAAUUACGAGAAAAUGCGAAUUUUAAACAUAUUCAAACUUAUGGUCGACAAGUUAGUGAGGCAAACCGGUAUGAGGUAUUUCUAACACCCGACGAGGAGAAAUUAAUGGUUCGCAAGUAUGAGUACCACUUACGUGACUUUUGCAAACGUUUCCAACCCCCAAUGCCUCGCUGCGUUGUUGGCACUGCAUUUCAUUACUUUAAAAGAUUCUACAUCAACAACUCGGUGAUGAAUUAUCACCCAAAGGAAAUUAUGGUUACCUGCGUGUUUUUAGCUUGUAAAGUUGAAGAAUUUAACGUUUCAAUGAUGCAAUUCCUAGCCAAUAUAAAAGGCGAUCGUGAUAAAGCCUCCGAUAUUAUUUUAAACAAUGAAUUACUUUUAAUGCAGCAGUUAAACUUUCAUUUAUCCAUUCACAACCCUUUUAGACCGGUUGAGGGCUUAUUUAUCGAUAUAAAGACCCGUUGUACGUUAAACGAUCCCGAAAGGCUUAGGCCCGGAACAGAACACUUUCUGGAGAGAUCUUUGCUUACUGAUGCAGUGCUUCUGUACUCUCCCAGCCAAGUCGCAUUGGCAGCAAUUCUCCAUGCCGCCUCUAAAUUGCAAGAAAAUCUAGACUCGUACGUCACAGACACACUGUUUGGGGUCGAAGGUCGUGGAAAGCUCGACGAGCUAAUAGAUGCGGUCCGUGGGAUUCGUUCCAUGGUAAAGAUGGUCGAUGUUGCUGUCGAUAAAAACCACCAGAAAUUGCUUGAGAAAAAGUUGGAAAAAUGUCGAAAUCCUGAGAAUAAUCCGGACAGUGAAAUUUACAAGCAACGUAUGCAAGCAAUGCUGUAUGAUGAUGACGAAUUGUACACACAAGUUGUAUCAGAAAGGCAAAAUCUGGAUGAUUCCACACUUGGCAUGACUAUUACAUCCCCUGGUGCAUAGUGGCUUUGCACUGGAGUACUGAAUUUUCAAUUGAAGAUCUAAUAGGAGAUAAAAAUUAUUGUUUUCUUGUUGUAACUGUAUUGUUAUCAUAAGUAUUCAUUAAUUGAAUUUGUAUUAAUAUUGUCAUUAAAGGUAUAACAAUGUA